GCCACGCACGUGAGAGCAGCGCGCAAUCCAAGAUUUCAAGACGAUAUUUUUUGUCGGAGAUACAACGAUCAUCAUCUGAAAUGCGAGCUUCCCUUUCACCUCGCUUGAGCAACAAAUUACGCCACUGGCGCCAUGAGACAGUUGCGGAGAUAUACGCGGGUAUACUGCAGUUCGCCAACGCGUCGCCCUUCCCCGACGAGCUCUCCCUCAAAGGGCAGAAGCCAGUUGGAGAUCUCGUUAAAGAUCAGGAAGGGGGUCCAGCGUACGUCGGAGAGUCUCCAUCGGCGCACCAUGCGUUGCUAGGGUGCCUACGGGCACUCGCACGCAGGAGAGACAGAGACAGAAACGGCCGAAAGAAAGAAAGAGUGAGAGGGGGCGGCGUGCAAGCGCGCGGAAGAGCGAGAGGGAAACAGCCCGCGUUUCGGCAAGUUUCGGCGGCCGGUCGCGCGGCGAUCGGGCGCGCUCGGCGAGGCGGCGGUUUGCAUUGGCCAAUCACGGCGCGCGAUCUCUCGCUCGGCGGACUUGGCGUCACGCUCACUUCAGUCAGCUACGGUGCGUCGGUCGGCGCGUACGAGAGUCGUGCACGUUUCCUUACAGAGGAAGAGAGGACAACACGCGACCGUUAUUGUCGCGCGGCGUCGUUGCAGUGUGAAGGGACUCACGCACAGGCAGCGAUACGUGAAACGCGACGUGUUCUCGUGUGGACGCUCGAGAGGAAACGGUGUCUAUGCCGGGUCGUUCGAGACACACCGCGUCGUCUCUGACAUGAGGUCGGUGGUCGCUAACAAGACGAACGACAGCGACCAUUGUGCACGCACUUUGACAUUCGGAGCAACGGCCGGUCGCGACGGCUACCCAUGCAGCUUGACCGAAACAAGGAGGUGAAUCCGGCUUGAACUUCGAGAGGAGGUCGACGACGCUGAGGAGGCCAGAAACUGCAACACGUUGCGCCGAGUCGAGGGUAUUUUUGAGGUUCUCAAGAGUGCAGCGCAGCGAGUCGAUGUGAGGCGGAGAAAGAAUUAGCCGCGAUCGGCGCGAUGUCACGUCCCUGCAUCGUCGAAACCGUCGUGCUUGUCGUCGCCUGAUUUUCACGCAUCCGGCCCGUAGCGCAUAUUUAUUAUUUAUGAAUGGAUGGAGCUGCGACGGGGAUCGGAGGAAGACCGGAUCUGGGAGGUCUGGAAAAAUGGUGGAACAAUCCGGCGAUCGCGGUCUGGAGCUUUGUCCUCUUCGGCUGCUUUCUGCUCAACGCGACCCUCUUGCUGGCGUUUCUCGUACGGCCAGGACUGCGCACUAUCUCCAAUCGAUUCGUGAUGAACCUAACCGUUUCGAACUUGCUGACGUGCGCGCUGCUGAACCCGCUGCUGAUGAUGGACGGCCCGCCGGUCGCGGGGACAACGCUGACAUCCACGUCGAACGCGUCCUCCGCGGGCGCGACGUCCGCAUCGGCACCAAUGUCGGCCAGCAAUAUCUGCGCCAUAUCAGAAGGCGCCACCGCGCUCGUCACCACAUCCUCGAUGCUAUCGGUGCUGCUGAUCGCCAUUGACCAAUACUUCGCCGUGGUGGAUCCGCUGCGUUAUCGCGCACGGGUGGACAAGCUCAAGUCCGCCGUGCUGAUCGUCUCCGUGUGGCUGAUCUCACUGGCGUUCGGCUUGAUCGCGUCUUUGAACCCGAGCCCGCGUAGCCUUUGGCUUUCGUGCACGACACUCAACAACGGCAGCAACGCGUCCCAUCGCGACAUCCUGCUAAACACAUCGUCCACAUCAGCGUCGAUCGACUCCGUGUUCGCGUUCUUCGGUAACAACGGCACGACCGUAGUGGAGGAGGAGGAAGAGGAGGAGUUGGUGGUGGAAGAGGAAGUGGUGAACGGUGAGGGCGCGGCAACGUCGACGUUGCUGCAAUCGAGUCGUGGCAUCGACCUCCUCGAGAACUCCACCGACUCCUACGGCACCUACGGCCUCGUCUACGUGCUCGUGCACAGCGUGUUCGCCUACUUGCUGCCGUUCGCCGGGGUCUGUUGGAUCUACGUCAGCAUUUACGCGGCCGCGCACCGAAACUCGGAGCGGACCCGCCGAACCGGCUCCAGGCCGAUCCUGUCGUCGUCCGCCAGCUUCUGCGAGGAUCCCUACGGUUACGCGCGGUCACAGCAACCGGCGGACGCGCUCGUCGAGGAGAUCCGUAGGAUACCGAAGAUCUCGAGUCUAUCGUCCAUCGACGAGACCAGCGAGACCGCGCAUUCAGCUAACCAGGCGUCGCGCAGGAGAUCCUUCUCGUCGUCCUCGGACGCCGUGCAAUCGUCGGCGCUGUCGGCCGAUGAGAGGAACGCCACUUCGUCAUCAGCCGGCGAAGUCGUCUUCACGGUGGGCCUGCAGCCGGUAGAGGUGACGGCCGCGCGCGGCUUGGAUCGCGAAGAUAAGCGAGCGCAGAGGGACCAGCCAAUGGCGAUCCUAAAGGCGCAGUUCCUCGAAGAGAGAGAGCGCGGCGUUGUGUCGUACGAGGACCUCGUGAGAAGCAAGUUCCAAGAUUCGCCGGCAGACCGGCGACGGAAGUCUUCGCAUGAUCUCAUGUACGAAGCGAUGUCGACCGCGGAGUCUUCCGGAUGGAUCGCCGGCGACUCCAGCGAGUCCGAGUCGGAGGACGAGCGACGCUACGGUUGCUUCGACUCGCUGGAGGUGCCAGGAACUAUUCGCAGGGUUAGCAGUCGCAGACCCUCUGACUACUUCUUGUCGCUCGCGUCUUGCGAGACGCCGGAACGCGUCGACUCCAGACGAAGUUCUCUCGAGAAGACCGUCAUUCGCAUGGACGAAGAGGAGGAGGAGGAGGAGGAGGAGGCGGGCGAGGAUGAAAGAAAGAUUUCAAAGACUUCGGAACGAAGCGUUGCGACGACGGUACGGGAAGGCCGUGUGUCCGACGGCUCGAGUCCCGCGGCUAAUCGUCCGGACGGCAAGAGAUCGAGACGAUUCGGCCGCCGUUCGUCCAAGUCAUCCAGUGUUUCGGACGGUGCUGGGGGAGAACUACAUGCGACCAAGAACUCCGAGAACAAUGUUAGGAACGCGGAACCGUCGUCGUGUCUCCUCGCGCCGAUCGUGACGAUCACGCCGGCGGCGCCGAACAAGCCGACCGGCCUGAACCGAGUGUCUAGUAUACGCAGCACCAGUAGUUACAUUAACUCCCUGAAGCAUCGGAUCAGCAACGGUUCUCUCUUCAGGUAUCGCGAGGAAACGCGGGCAGCCAGGAUCAGCGCGCUCGUGAUUGUAAUGGGUCUGAUCUGCUGGUCGCCCUACGUGCUGUUGAGUGUGAUAAAGAACUUGCCGCAGUACUCAGACUACGAGUUCGCGCACAAGUACGACGUACUGGCGCUGAGCUUCCUGAUCUUCGCCGCGUACGCGAGCCCGUUGCUCUUCGGCUAUCGGUCGCGGCGAGUGAAGAGGGAGCUGCGCAGAUUCUUCUGCUUCCGACGCGAACUUUCGUACAAGAACAACCGCAGCCUGAUGGCGAAGAAGGUGCUGAAGCGCCGGCACAGCAGCACGCUCAGCCACCUGGAGAUGGAUCACCGUUACAAUAUCUUUAACUGCGUGUACGGCAGGAGCAAGUGGCCCAAGGAGAAAGUGCAGUUCGUGCAGGUGCCGGACACCGCGCUCGCGGUCGAGACCUGCAGGAGUAGCUUCUCCAGCGGCGCCAGCACGCAGAUCUCCAGCACGUCCACCGAGGAGUGUUGAAUCGCGAUGUGCGCCUCGCGGGAACCGCUGCACUCGCGCGUCGUCGCGCUCGCCGCGACGCUACUUGGACGACGAGUCUCGGUUAUCGCGAGGCUCGGCUUAAUCGCGCGAGAAGUAUGCGAGGUGUACUACGACAGCCAGCUCAGAAUGUUCCUACGUCUGUGCGCGUGGUUCAAGUUCGCGCAGAGGCAGCGUCUGCGAGCGGCCGUGACAAUAACGAGAUAAAAUGUCGCGUUAUAGCGAGAAGAAGAAGAAAGAGAGAGAGAGAGAGAGAGAGAGAGAGAGAGAACCGCGGAAUUCGCGUUUCUCUUUUCGUCCUCGUGAUCUUUGAAAAAUCUUGCAAGGGAGAGAAAAUUGCGGACACGUCGCUUUUAACCCUAAAUACGUGGAUGAAAUUCAUCCAGAUCAACUUCCCAAACAUUAUUUUUUUAUAAAUACAUGUUUUUUCUUACAUUGUUUUAUCUAAAAAAAAAAGCAUGCUUUUUUAUUAGAACUUCCAAUUUUAUUGAAUUGUAAAAAUAUCUAUAGAUUCUCACAUUCUAUGUGAGAAAAAGAGGACAAAGGGAGACAGUCGCGAUUGUACGUGCGAGUAUUAAACUACGGGGAGGAUAGCAAUGUCCGAUACAGUGUCAACGCACGCGCCGAAUGUUUUUCCCGAACACGCAACGUGCGCGGUGAAUCAGCCUUCCACGUCGGGACCGAUCCUUUAUCACAAAUUAUUGAUAUUAAUCAAUUCCGACAACCCAUCCUCAUCUACUUCAAUCACGUACUUUACUGACGAUUCUCUUUACGUUAAUAUUAACUUGAGCGUUGCGCAAAAAAGCUCUUCGACGAUUUCCAAUCAAUAUCAAAUGGCGCUAAUAAAAACUUAUGAGAGUUUGACCGCUCCCUUCCGGUAAUUUCUCCGAAUAUUACGAAGAAAAUAAAAGGGUUGGGAGAAAUUGGUCCAUAUUUAGGAUUCGUAUAUUGUUUAGAGUGUUCUGAGGUUAAAUCUUUCCUCGCGACGUGAAGCCGGCAGUUCGUUUCCUCCGGUGUCGAUGCGAUCCUCUCAGGUUCACGUGACCAGUGGCGUAUCGCGGAGACGUGUUUCCUCCGAUGCGACGUCUUGCAUGUACAUAAUAACGAAGUCUGAUUUUGCGGCGAGCGCGCCGCGCGCAGCUAACGAGCAGCAGCACGCGUUCGUCGGGGCCGCUUUUGUUUUGAGGGCUACCGCGAGAGUUUGCAAACUCGAAGGAGCCCGCAACACACACGAGCGCGCGUGUUGCCGCAACCUUCUCUCGCGUUUUCGCGUCGUGUCGACUGUUCGCGGGACCUUGCACCUUGCAACGCGAGAGCAAGACGAACGACCGGCUCGCUCGAGCGAAAACCGCUGCGCAGCGGUGAACGACGCGCGACGUCGCGCGAAGUAUCCGUUAGUAUUAAGAGCAUUAUAGUUAAGUUGUCGGGUGUUAGCUAGCUCGAGAAGUAUUAGAGUUCGCCGAACCCGAAGGAGGCUUUAGUCUUUACGCUUAUUCCACGCGUUGCGACGUCUCACCUCGCCCGCGUCGUGGACGUUUGACAUAAUUGACGACGACGACGAUGACGACAACAACAAUGAUAAUAAUAAUGUGCGUGUCAUCGUCCGCCAGGUGGAUGAUCCAAGUCCGCGACGCGCGCGCGCGUCAUACGCACUUCCUCGCGUGUCCCAUUUGUUUCGCCGUACGCAUGCACGCGAGUAUCAAGUUGACCGGAAAAGUCUUUUCUCAGAAACGCUCUGAACGACCGUUGGUAUGGACGAGGCGUUCUCCAAGUAGACUCAAAUGCCGGCAAGUGACGUGCGCGUGUUCUAUGAAGAAAGAAUUCGCAAUCAAUCUGAUGUCACCCACGAAAAUAUAGUCUCGUCCUUAACGGAGCCUCCUACGGCUUCAGGAGGAUUCUUCUAAAACCAAAAGAAAAAUAUUCCAACAGUAUACAUAUAUGUAUAUGAACAGGUUCUUAUAGAUAUUACUUAAAGUACAAAAUACGGGGCCAAUGAGAGCCUACUCGCGGCUUUUGGUUGCGAAAUAAUUCUAAUGGUGAUCGACAUCUAAAGCACAUUAUUUCUCUUCAUUGCACUGAGAGAAAAAAAGUGUUUGAGUUAAUGAAACUUUGCUUGAAGGAACAAAAUUCGUUCAAGCAAAGGUUCAGUCGACUAAAUGAAUAAGCAACUUGCAAUUAGAGUUGUUCUGCUUUUAAGAAUCCUCCUAAAGUCUCCAAUAAAGAUACCAUCAAGGAUGAUAUCAAUGUGGUUAUAUUUUUCCGGGUGUGUAUCGUCGCGGCCGCACGUUAGAAAUACGCAGCAUCUCAUGACAGAGUUCCCCGUCGAGGCGCGUUGAGCCGGAUCCGCGCUCGCCGGGGGACAUAUCGUCGUUCCCCGAUUAUCCCUUGUUUUGUACAUUACAAAAUGGCAAAGUGAAUUCGUUUUAUUUAUAUUAAAUAAUCUGUACAUAGAAGAAGACGGCGAAUCUCACUCCUAGCUCGUAAUCGCUCGCGUGUAAGUAGAGAGCGUCCGAUCAGCGUGUCCGAGUGAUCCGUAACGGGAGUGUGCAACGUAAAUACGCAUUAAUCGUCGUGUUUCGCAUUACCGGUCGCGGGUAAACUCCAACAGGCUGUCUACGAUAUGUGAUAUAACACCGAAACCAAUCGUCACUUAAUAUUAAUUAAUUUAUGUGACUUUCUCAAUAAAAGGCUCUUUUUUUGCGA